AUGGGAGAGCCAGAAGAACUUGCUGAAGGAUUAGCUGAAGGACAUGUUGAAGGAUGUGCUGAUGGACAUUCUGAAGGACGUGCAGAUGGACUUGCUACUGAAGCUACAAGGACAUGGCAUGCUUGGUUAGAUGCUGGAAAAGAACCUGAAGAAGAUGAUGUCAUGGCGGAUAUCACUCAAGACAACCACAAGAAGGAGUUUGGUGAAUUUAGAAGGUCAGGUCAACAAGUUAGUCAGCCCAGGUACCUUGAAGACUAUGAACGUUCCAGCAAGCUUAUGUUGAAAGUUAGAGACGUCAACUUGCAUAGAGGAGGACAUUCUUCAAUGGAGGAAAGCAGCCAAGAAGAAGAAGAAGAAGGAGGUGUUUGGUCCUAG